GCUAGUGUUAAUAUCACUCAGUCCACUCGGAAGAAACACAGCAAUAAGACGCAGCAUACAAACGAUAUUGACUUUGUCAUACAUAAUUUGUUUUAUUAUUCGCUACUUAUAAAUUAAGAUAUAAAUUAAUAACAUUUCGCGACUUUAAAUCUUAGGAAAUGAACUAUGAGAGCUAGUUGUAGACCUUGUGAUUUAGAAAGUUGCGCGUAUACACCGUUAAAAUCGUAUAUAUUUAAUAAGAUGAAAGUGACUUAUAUUUUAAAUAAUGCAAUGUUGCUUAAAUUUUCGUCAGGAAACGGCAACUAAUUUAUUAAAAAAAAUUGUGACAGUGCUUUCAAACGCUACCAUUGAAAUGUCCGUCAACAUCGAUAAGUGCCGUCGGUGAAUGCAAAAUAAAACGGAAUCAAUUGGUGGCAUAGUUUUAUUCGUAAAAACUUAACGGUCAUCAACACUUAAGGACUAACAUUAAUAAAAUGGACGCCUACGCUUUACCAACAUAUUUUCCGCUUGCAUACUCUGAAUUGCAGUUCCUAGCAUCCAGACGAGCUGCUGCCGUGGCUGCCGCGGCAACAGUUUUACCAGGCUCUCCGUGCAUUAACCACGUACAUUCGACAGAUGUUUCAAGCUCGGUAUCAGCUCCCACAAUGAUUCCAACAAUUGAAGGAUCUGAUUCAAUUAAAACAGCAACUUCAAUUCAAUCACCUAUUAAUAAUGGAAACACACUUCUAUCGAAUAUUUCUGGCCACCAUCACAAUCCUCAGCAUCAACAUGUUCAUAGUUUGAAUGUUAAUGGGCAGUCUCAUGCCCAUGAAUUUCACCCAGCCUAUAGAAUUCCCGGAUAUAUGGAACAGUUGUAUUCGCUUCAAAGAAGUAGUUCAACUACAUCGUUUCAUGAUCCCUAUGUGAACUGUGCGUCAGCUUUUCACCUUGCUGGUCUUGGUUUGGGGUCAGGAGAUUUUUUGGGCAGUCGAGGUAUGGGUUCUCUAGGGGACCUGCAUCACGCGGCUGUAGCAGCAGCAGCCGCAGGGUCUCUUGCAAGUACCGAUUUUCACUUUAGCAUCGAUGGCAACAGGCGGUUAAGUAGCCCUCGACCACAGGGAGGAAGUAUUCGUGCCAGCAUUAGCCGUAAACGAGCCCUUUCCUCGUCGCCUUAUUCUGAUUCGUUUGACAUUAAUUCAAUGAUUAGAUUUUCGCCAAACUCUUUAGCGACAAUUAUGAACGGUUCUCGAGGAAGCAGCGUAGCUAGUGGUUCAUACGGUCACAUUUCAGCUAGUGCCAUUAAUCCCAUGUCUCAUGCACAUUCAACAUUGGCACCACGUUUACAGCAAAUACAAGCUCAUUUGUUACGAGCAAGUGCAGGACUUCUAAAUCCCAUGACUUCACAACAAGCAGCUGCCGCUGGAUUUUCUGUAAACCACGGGGCUGGCGCUACUGUCUUAAGCCUGGAUGAUGUUCAUGCUAAUCUAAACGAUUUAUCUAGCCAAAUCACAACAUCUUCAACUGCAAGGUUACUUAAUGAUAAACAUGCGCAGGUGGCAGCUCUCUCGAUAAAGAAUUUCGACCAUGGAAACUUGAAAAAUCGACAACAUAAAAAUAAUGUCACUGAGCAGCCUUCCUCAACAUCUGGCAGUGUGGCUCAAGUAGAAGCGGAUAGUGCCUCGUCACAUUUGUCGGACCGCUGCUAUAAUAAAGUAGCAAAUAAUACCAAAAGUAUUACUGAUGAUGUAAAAAUAGGUCACCGUUGUGAGGAAUUUAUGAGUUGUGGAUCAGCAUCGACUCCAUUAAAUGAAUAUGACUGUGCCAACGCUGAUACGACGGAUAUCAAGGACGAACCCGGGGAUUUUAUAGAAACCAAUUGUCACUGGCGUAGCUGUUGUAUUGAGUUUAAUACACAAGAUGAACUGGUUAAACAUAUAAAUAAUGACCACAUCCAAACGAAUAAAAAAGCAUUUAUAUGUCGAUGGGAAGAUUGUACACGUGGCGAAAAACCAUUUAAAGCGCAGUACAUGCUCGUUGUGCACAUGCGUCGGCAUACCGGUGAAAAACCACACAAGUGCACAUUUGAAGGCUGCUUCAAGGCUUACUCACGCUUGGAAAACCUUAAAACUCAUUUACGGUCACAUACAGGCGAAAAACCAUACACCUGUGAAUAUCCAGGAUGUAGCAAAGCUUUUAGUAAUGCUAGCGAUCGUGCCAAGCAUCAAAAUCGUACUCACAGUAAUGAGAAACCAUACAUUUGUAAAGCGCCUGGUUGCACAAAACGUUACACCGACCCGAGUUCUUUGCGAAAACAUGUAAAAACAGUCCACGGUGCUGAGUUCUAUGCAAAUAAAAAACAUAAAGGCUUACCUCUAAAUGAUGCUAACUCCCGGUUACAAAGAGACAGUGGCCAGGUUCGGAAUAAUCUUCAAGAGCAUAAUAUUGACUCAAGCCCUUGCAGCGAAGACCUGCCUAUAGGAAAGAUUAUAGGCCUGGGUAGCCCCAGCAUUAAAUCUGAGUCAGAUGGAAACUCGCCACAUCAUCAGUUGAUAAAUGGAGUCCGACCUUCAGACUGUUUGUUAACAUACUCACCAGAUGACGUUGUCGAGAAUUUAACAUUGGAUGAUGGGUGGAAUUGUGAGGAUGACGUAGACGUGGCCGACCUACCAAUUGUUUUGCGUGCUAUGGUAAAUAUUGGCAGCGGAAAUGCGUCUGCCUCGACUAUUGGAAGUGGUGUUGUGGCGAGACAACGGUUUAGAAGUCGUCUGCAAACUAAAGUUAUAAACUCAAGUACGGCUAUGCUCUGCAACAUUCCGGAAAGCAAUCGGAUUAUUGGAAUCAGCGAACUUAACCAGCGAAUUACUGAACUCAAGAUGGAACCAGGUACCUCUGGUGACAUUAAAGUUCCAAUGCCUUUGAAUACGUGCCUAGAAAGGUUUCCCGAAGAUUUAUCACAAACCCAGAGUACAAUAUUAAAUAAGCAAAGCCUUCCUAUCGGUUCUGGCUCGGUGCAAGGACAGUUUCGUCGCGAUAGUCAGAAUUCUACUGCAAGCACGUAUUAUGGUAGUAUGCAAAGUCGUCGAAGUAGUCAAUCAUCCCAGGUGUCUUCUAUAUCUACAAUGCGACCAGGACCUUCGUACAACACCACAACAGCUUCCUUCUAUGAUCCUAUUUCACCAGGAUGUUCGCGGCGCUCUAGCCAAAUGUCAAAUGCAGCCAACUGCUACGCAUUGACGUCAACAUCAUUAUUGACUUCGACAAACAAAGAGUCGAAUUCAAACCGCAGCCCAAGUACUUCUAUUCAUAACUCGGAUUCUGGUGUUCAAUGUUUUGGUUAUUAUAAUAACAGUUUUCCUCCGCCUCCGUCAUCUCAUUUAAUCGACACAAAUUUAAAGCGCUUGCAGGGGACAGAUUCUGAGAGCUGUUUUCAGAAUUCAACCGGCGGUCGAUUUUCAAUUCCCAACUUUAUGCAGUCACUACAUAUAAACAACAACACCCCUGCAAGAGAUAUCGAACUUGAUGAAGCAAUCCCGAAUAAUAUAUUUCGGCGGCAAUCUGAGCCAGUGCCAAACAUAAAUUUGAAUGCAGUAAUAAAUGUUCCUCGUCUAGAUAUCCCCCUGGAAAGUAAUCACACUGUUGGAAAAGUUAGAAACGGUAAAACAACAUCAUCUUUUAAUAAUGACAAUGAUUUAAAGACGGAGAAAGGUAACGUUCAAAUUAAGGCUGACCUGACUAUGACUAGUGAGCAACAUCCAAAUGAAAAAAUAAAUCUGGAUGAAGUUGAAGAGCUUAUACUUCCCGAUGAAAUGCUUCAGUACCUUAAUUUGGUAAAAGACGAUAAAAAUUACACGAAGAAAGUAGAUGAAAAUGGUAUCAGCUCUGUUGCAACUGAAAACAUUACAUUACACGACCAUCGAGUACAUUCACAGUCAAAUUUUAAUCCAUCAAAUAAACCAAUUUCACAACCGACCUCUAACUUUGAUGAUUUAAAAGAUGUACAACCAAUUACACCGAAACUGUCCGCACAUGAAGAUUUUACCAUGACAAAAAUCGGUGGAAAGUACAGUCAGAGACAAUUAAAUACCGUCGCUGUGCCCCAUCAACAAACGAAACUACAGCCACCCCCUCCAUCAGUCUAUCAGCCACAAAUUACAAAGCCAACUCAGAAUCAAAUAUUUGACUCAUCGAUGACAAGCUUGCCAGAGCUUAAUUUAGUUCCAAUAUUUUCUCGAAUUGACCCAGAAAAUGUUUCCAAAUUAAAUUCAGCCAAUGACAAUGAGAUCCAAUGUGGCAUCAUAAGCCAAUCUCAAAUAUCUCCUUCUUUAAAUAUAAAUAGCGAUGGUCGGAUUUCCACCUUUAGAACACAACCCUUAACAAUUUCAAAAUUUGCCUGUCAACCUAACACCCAAGUUUCUGACACACAUGUGGAUAAUGUUAGUCCAAUGCAAUCUGAUACAUACCAGCGUACUCUACAAUAUGUACAAAGUUGUCAAGACUGGAUGGAGACAAAAAAUACUUCAGUCGAUCAAAUCCGCUGCAUAUCUACAAUGCAAUCAGGCAAUACAUUGUGGCCUGAUGUCAGCAGCUCUACACACCCAUAUCCUGGAACAAAUAUGGUGAUUAACGAUAUGACAACAUCCCUGACAUCCUUGUUGGAGGAAAAUAGAUAUCUUCAGAUGAUGCAGUAGAAAAUCCACAAGAUAUAAAAAUUUAUACAAAAAUAGAAGUCAGUCCCAAUAACAAUAUUAUAAAAAGAAUACAACAUUGAUAACAAAGUCACAAUUCUAUUACAAACAAUAGAGACAAACGAACUCGCAUUUAUAUGUUUUUAUCUACAAUUAUCUAUAUCUAAAACCCCUAUAAAAGAUUAAAAAAAGGAAUUUUUUAAACAAAAUAUAUUUGAGUGAGUAAAUUAGAUUUGAGAAAUGAGAUUUUUGCAAUUAAAAUGUCUUCCGAACUAUAA